AACGCGGCGUCGCCGCAAGUAGCAACGCGCCCGCCGCCCGCUCCGAAGGCCGAGCGGCGCAAGCCCACUAUCACACCGGCCGAAGCUGUCACACCCGGCGCUGUGCAGCGGCUCUGCGCACUGCUCAAGGCGCCCACACCCCAGCUCAUACAGAUAUGCGUGCGGAACAAGGGCUGCGCAGGGCUCUCGUACCACCUCGAGUACCUCGCCAAGCCCGGCAAGUUCGACGAGGUGGUCGAGCAGGACGGCGUGAACGUCCGCAUCCUCAUCGACAGCAAGGCGCUCUUCUCCGUCAUCGGCAGGGAGAUGGACUGGUACGAGGACGCAUCCAGCGCGAAGUUCGUGUUCAAGAACCAGGACAUCAAGGACGCGUGUGGGUGCGGAGAGUCGUUGAGCGUCGGCUCGUGA